CACUACGACGAGGAGGAGGAGGAGGACGACGAGGACGACGAGGACAGCGAGGAGGACUCGGAGGACGACGAGGACAUGCAGGACAUGGACGAGAUGAACGACUACAACGAGUCGCCCGACGACGGGGACAUCAACGAGGUGGACAUGGAAGGGGCGGAGCAGGAUCAGGACCAGUGGAUGAUCUGAGGGCGGCCGGAGGAGCCGGGAACGGCGCGCGGGACACCGGGACGGAGCUCGGGAUACCGGGAUGGUCCUUGGGACACCGGGACGGAG